AUGGGCGCCAUCCUCGGACUGGCAAUCCUGGGUUUCUCGUGCGUCUGGUCUGGCAUUUCCACUCAAGUCGGCGCGACAGUGGCCAUCGCGCUGCCGCUCGUGUCGGCCUGGGCCAACGGCCUGGGCGCGUUCUUCACGUUGCUGGCGGACCGGCUGCGGUUUGACCCGGCGGUGACGUCCGUGCCGCUGGUGACGACCAUCGUCGACAGCACGGGGCUGGUGGUCUACUUUUUUGUGGCAAAGGCAAUGCUGGGCAUCAACGAAUGA